AAUUCUUGGGCGAUGAAUGUUGCCAAUGCGAUAGGUAGGGUGUUCCCUCACUUUCUUCGGUCCAUGAUUUGGUUUGAGAUGUCCAGUACUCCCAUCAACAUCAGAUAUUCAGAUGGAUGCCCAUCUUGACUCCACUGUGCUGCGUCCGCCUCUCACGAGUCAGUCAACGCGGUAUCACUAGUACUACGCCUCUCAAUGGCAGGUGGGGCCCCUCCGGAUUUUGACGAAGUCAACGGUCCAGACAACCCAAACCCCGCCUGCUAAGUUGCUAGCUUAGCCGCCAACCCUCACUGGCGAGCAAGUAACAAGCUUCGCCUCGUCGCCGAUGGUGCGCAUGGUCACCUCGAUCUCCAUUCCAGCGAGAGGAAGACGAGUACGGCAGGGAUUCACAAUGGCCGUCGCGCCCAGCUCCGCCGCCCGACAUCUCCCCGUGCUCCUCCUCCUCGCGGCCUGCUGCUGCUAUUCCUCGGCCGCCGCCGACGACGACGUCGACUUCAUCUACCAAGGCUUCCAGCACGCGUCGCCGGGGGCGGACCUGGCCCUGGACGGCUCCGCGUCGGUGCUGCGCGGCGGCGCGCUCCGGCUCACCAACGACAGCAACCGCCUCGUCGGCCACGCGUUCCGCAGCUCCCCCGUGCGCUUCCUCAGCGGCGGCGGGAGGCGGCAGCUGGCCUCGUUCAGCACGGCCUUCGUCCUCGACAUCGUCACCGUCGGGAGCGGCGGCGGCCACGGCCUGGCCUUCGUGGUGGCCCCCUCCACCGCACUCCCCGGGGCGUCCCCCGAGAUCUACCUCGGCGUGCUCGGCCCGGCCACCAACGGCCGGGCCACCAACCACGUCCUCGCCGUCGAGUUCGACACCGUGCUUGACCUCGAGAUGCGCGACAUCAACGGCAACCACGUCGGCGUCGACGUCAACAGCCUCUUCUCCAACGUGUCGGAGCCGGUCGCCUACUACGCCGGCGACGGCGGCGAGGGCACCACCAGGGUAGUGCCCGUCACGCUCGAGAGCGCGCAGUCGAUCCAGGCCUGGAUCGACUACGACGGCGGCGGCGGCGUCCUCAACGUCACCGUCGCGCCGGCGUCCGUGCCGGAGCGGCCGCGCCGGCCGCUCAUCUCCGCGAAGCUCGACCUGCGCCCGGUCCUCAAGGAGGACAUGUUCGUCGGCUUCUCGGCGUCCACCGGGAAGCUGGCGAGCUCGCACUACAUCCUGGCGUGGAGCUUCCGGACCAACGGGCCCGCGCAGCCCAUCAACCUCCGGCGGCUGCCCAAGGUGCCGAGGUCGAGCACGGCGCCCUCCAAGCUCGUCGUCGUCAAGUUCGCCGCCGUGGCCUGCGCGGGGACGCUCGCUCUGAUCGCGGUGGCCAUGGCCGUCGUGCGCUGGCUCCGGAACAAGGCGGCGCUCGCCGACAACCUGGAGGACUGGGAGCUGGAGCACCCUCACAGGUUCCCCUACGAGGAGCUCCACCGGGCGACCAAGGGGUUCAAGCAGAGCGAGCUUCUCGGCGCGGGCGGGUUCGGGCAGGUGUACAAGGGGGUGCUCCGGCGGCGCUCCGGCGAGGAGGUGGCGAUCAAGCGGAUCUCCGCCGGCGCCAAGCAAGGGAUGAGGGAGUUCGUCGCCGAGGUCGCGAGCCUCGGGCGCAUGCGCCACCGCAACCUGGUGGAGCUGCGCGGGUGGUGCAAGCACGGCGACGACCUGCUCCUCGUCUACGAGUUCAUGCCCAACGGCAGCCUCGACGCGCGCCUGUUCGGCGCCGCGCCGCCGCCGACGUGGGCGCAGCGGCUCGCCGUCCUCGGCGGCGUCGCGCGCGGCCUGCUCUACCUGCACGAGGAGUGGGAGCACGUGGUGGUGCACCGCGACGUCAAGGCCAACAACGUGCUCCUCGGCGCCGACAUGGGCGCCAGGCUCGGCGACUUCGGCCUCGCGCGCCACCACGAGCACGGCGCGGCGCCGGCGACGACGCGCGUGGCGGGGACGCUCGGGUACAUGGCGCCCGAGCUCACGUUCACCAGCCGCGCCACCACGGCCACCGACGUCUUCUCCUUCGGCGCGCUGCUGCUGGAGGUCGCGUGCGGGCGCCGGCCGGUGGAGCCGCCGCCGCCGGGCGGGGACGCGGACGUGGUGCUGGUGCGGUGGGUCCGCGACUGCGGGAUCGCCGGCGACCUGCUGCGAGCCAUGGACCCGCGGCUGGAGGGGUGCUACGACGAGGAAGAGGCGAAGCUGGUGCUGUGGCUGGGCCUCAUGUGCAGCAAGGCUCGGCCGGAGGCGAGGCCCAGCAUGAGGCAGGUGUGCCGGUACCUGAGCGGCGAGGAGGCGAUCCGGGAGGACGCGGAGCUCGUCUUCUCCGGCGCCGACUCGGUAGAGUUCAUCGGGUCCUCGGUCUCCAUAACGUGGUCCUCCUCCGGCGGGACCAUGUCGGCCGGCUCGCUGCACGGCGGCCGGUGAACUACUGCUCCUUCCCGUAGAGAAAAAGCUGCAGAGGCGCGCACGUUCACGUACAUGUCGACUGCCAUACUGUAGCUAGUGUUUCCUUGUGUGAUCGACGUAGAGAUACACAGUAACACAGACACGUGCAACUAUAGGUUCUUUGUGCAAGUAUAAGCUGGUGGUAGUUGAAAUUUUGCUUCUAGGCUGCUAUGAAAAAGAUUUAGAACGAGGUUAGCAUAA